CCAAUCAUCUCGCCCGUUCUUCAAACAACGUCAUGCUAAGGAAGUGCCAAAGAAGCAGAGGCAGUGUGGUGUGUGUGGGUCCUAUAGCCAGCUAUACCUGGCUUUAAAGCGACACAAACUACACAAAAAGUGCAUGAUAGUCUUCUCAUAUUACUGUUACAUGUAGAUAACCUGCGCUCUGACAAUGGGAGCGAACAACAGUACCCGCAGAGUGUCAUUUGAGUCAGACGAGAACGAGAAUAUAUCGGUGGUGAAGGGCAUCCGGCUUUCUGAGAAUGUCAUCAACCGCAUGAGGGAACCUGAAGCUCCACCUAAACACCACCAUGCUCCCUCUCCACCACCUCCCGUGGCACCUCCCCUCACUCCUCCUCUCCUGCGGCCAGUGUCUCCCCUCUUUGACCCGAUCAUCUCCUUGCCUCCUCUCCCUCCUCUUGUAGAACCCGUUGCUCCUCCAGCUCCUCCUCCACCAGCUCCAUCUGCCACAGUGACUGUGGCUGCACCUCCACCACCUCCUCCUCAACCUCCUAUAGUACAGGUAGCAGCACCCACCAUCAUUGACAUGGUGCUCCCAUCCUCAUCACCCCCAGCUGCUGCUGCUGCUGCUGCUCCUGCUUUUGAGCCUGUGGCGGCACCUCCUCCACCUGCUCCUGCUGCUGUUGAGCCAGUAAUUUUGCCUACAUCUCCCCCUCCUCCUGCUGCUCCCGUUGCUCCCUGCCAUGCCCCAGCUAUGGUGGAAGCGAUCACUUCGCUUGCUCCUCCUCCGCUUGCAAUCGAAUCUUCUCCUCCUUCCAUAAAUCAAUCCAUUGCUUCUUCUCCUCCAGUAAUUGAACCCAUUGCUCCUCCACAUGUGAUUGAACCCAUUGCUCCUCCAUCUGUAGCUGAACCCAUACCACCUCCUAUUACUUUCAAGGUGGAACCGAUCAUUGCUCCCCCUCCUCCCGAAUUGGAACCCCUCUCUUCCCCUCCUGUUUUUGAGCCUGUCAUCAUCCCGCCACCACCCCUGCAUCCUUCAGGGGACACUUUGACCCCACAUCCUGCUGAGCUAUUCGCUGCACCUCCCCUGCCUGAGUAUACUGCUCCUUGUGAACCAGUUGCACCUCCUCCUCAGCCCCGAGUGGAGCCAGUAUCCCUUGCUCCUGUCCCCGAGCCAGUGGUGGUUCCUGAGUCAGUUUUGGUCCCACCACCACCUCCUGCUGCACCAGUCGUUGACGAAGAGGCCCUGAGGAAGAAGAUCACUGAUGAGCUGUAUAAAGGCUUGGAGCAGGAUAGGGCCAAGGCGGAGCAAGAGCUGCAAGCCUGGGUUGAGUCGGAGAAGGCCCGGGCAGCAGCCCAGGCUCAGGAUGAUGCCCAGUCCCAGGUGCAGGACGACGUGUCCAGGAUCCUGUCUGUGGAGCGGGCCGUGGCCAAGGAGAGCAUCCAGCAGGCUGUAAUAAGAGAGAGGAUCGCCACCGAGGACGAGAGACGCCGCGCUCAACUCUAUGAGAUUGGACGGAAGGCCAAGCAGCUGGGUGCCAGAGAAGCAGACCUAAACAAGCAGGAUGCUUUCUACAGAGAGCAGGUGGCCCGGCUGGAGGAGAGGAGUGCUCAGUUCUACAAGGUCACCACGGAGAACUACCAUAAAGCUGCCGACCACGUGAACGCCAAGUUCAAGCGGUAUGAGGCGUACCCCGUGUGCGCAGACCUUCAGGGCCAGAUCCUCGCGUGCUACAAGGAGAACGUCGGAAAAACCCUCAACUGCUCCAACAUAGCGACCCUCUACCUGCAGUGUGUCAACAACGCCAAACAGAAUAACAAGUACGCGCAUGCACCCUCAUGGACAGAUGAUAUAAAUGAAAUGUAACUGACACGGACUCAUCUCAUCCACCGUUAUUAAGUUGAACAAGUUGAGGACCGGGGGUUAAAGGAAAGAGAGAGGAAGAAAGAGAGUUUAUUGUGUGGGAUUACUGAUUAUCGACCGACUGACAAGACAGACCAAAACCGGAGUGGAGGAAGCGAGGAAUGAGUCAGCACCACGACACACACCCUCAAAACCCCGCCGUGGAACCGGACCAGACUAGAGGCACCGAAACACAGCACCCUGAUAGAGAAAUAGACACGUUUUCCCCUUGAUCUCCUUCCCCACCUCCUUUACCCUUGUUGUCUAUCUCUCCUCUAGUAUGUAGGAAGGCGGUGACACUGUCCGUCAAUUUGGAGAAACAGCAGGGACUGACGGGACCCAGCAUGCCCUGAGCUCGGCCCGCUAGAAGAAGGACAGUAAAUAUGAACCGGAACGAUCACAAGAAAAGCAAAACCACUUCACCUCUCACUUCACCACUUGUUAGGCAAAAAACAAAAGUCUAUUUUUACUAUUAAAAAGUCAGUCUUAUUUUGUGGUCCAUAAUUCAGUGUUCUCCCGCUCCUAAUGCACUAUCCUGUACACACAUGUUUCUUCUUUGCAUCUGCUCGUUGUGAGUUUGUGUUAUGUUAAUAAUGUACGUGUUGAGUAUUCAUCCCGACCGACACUUGUGACAAUGUUCUGAUCAGAGGAAAAAUAAAAGAACGAAACGAUGCAGCAA